GAGGAGUACGCGGGCCAGGCUUGGUCCGGCGAUGUUGGUCAGGCGUGGCGGUUCAUGCCGUACUCGCUGGGCUUCCAGGUGUCCAUUACCGCCUUCCUCAUGCUGGAGCUGGUGUUGGGUUUCAGCAGCAACCUGACGGUGCUGGUGCUCUACUGCUCCCAGUCCAACUUGGUGGACUCGGUCAGCAACAUGGUGACGGUCAGUCUGCACGUGCUGGACGUGGCGGUGUGCGUGCUGUGUUUGCCCCUCACGCUGGCGGUCGUGCUGCUGCCCCCGGGGCCCAACCUGGCUCUGCUGUGCUGCUUCCACGAGGCCUGCGUCACCUUUGCCAGCAUCGCCACGGCCGUCAACAUCCUGGUCAUCAGCCUGGACCGCUACGACAUAUCGGUGCGGCCGGCCAACAGGCUGCUGACCACGCGCAGGGCGGCAAUGCUCCUGGCGGCCGUGUGGCUCACAUCCGUGGCCGUCUUCUUUAUCCCCUUCCUGCAGGAACACUUGUCUCGUGGCGAAGAAACCGGAAAGAGAUCCCUGGAGACUCCUUUGUCUCUGUCCUCCAAUGUGGUGCCGGCAUGGCACAACCGGACACUCUUGUGCUUAGGCGGGCAAGGCAGCCAUUUAACCCCGGGUACAUAUUACCACCUCAUCCUCCAGGUUCCCAUAUUCUUCACCACCGUCACGGUGAUGUUGUUCACCUACUCAAGGAUCCUGAGGGCUUUGAACAUCCGCAUCGGCACCCACAUGAAGAAGAACCAGAGGUUCAUCGGCCCGUCCUGCACGGGCCUCCACAGGAAACCAAAAAGAAAGAAGACCAAACUCCAAAUGCUGCAAAGUGCGGAGCCAGAAGGGGAGCGAUGCACCGCAGAUGGCACCAAACAACUGAGUCACCCUCCUCUGAUACCUUCUUCAUCGCCCACUCCCACGGCGACGUCCCCCCCUGCGCUCUCUUCUUCUGCCGCGCUGGUGACAUCAGUCACAGGCGCCGCCCCAAUGGGUGUCCAGGCCUCCGUGUCGGCUAUUAUCGCCCUGCGUCGAGCAGUGCGGCGUCACCGGGAUCGACGAGAGCGCCAGCGCCGUGUCUUCAGGAUGUCCCUCGUCAUCAUCACCACCUUCCUGGGCUGCUGGGCUCCUUUGUCCGUGGUCAACAUGCUCAUCCUGGCCGUAGGCCCGAGCGACGCCCUGGUCAGCCUCCGCCUCUGGUUCCUAGCUCUGGCUUACGGCACCACCGUGUCCCACCCGCUUCUCUACGCUUUCACGCGGCAAAAGUUGCGGCGCGCCCUGCGCGCAAAGGUGAAGAAGAGGGUGGUGUCUCUGCUUCAGGUGGACCCGUCGCCGGGGGGCACCGUCAUACACAAUUCUUGGGUGGAAAACAGAAAAACCAGUCGUAAGGUGCGGCUGGAAGCGAGCGAGGGUUCCGAGCGCUGCCUGGCAGAAGCCGUGUGA